AUGUUUGCUGAAACGCAGAGGUCUGAGGUUGCUCGGAGCAAUGAGUCGUCAGAGCAACCGAUAAUUGUCCAAUGGAACGGGCCUAACGAUCCAGAAAACCCGUACAAUUGGUCCCGCAAGAAGAAAUGGUUCGCCGUUGGUCUUGGACUCUUCGCGACGUUCAUCUCAAUGAUGAACGGCACAAUCAUCACUACAGCACACGAAGCAAUUGGCGAAGACUUCAAUGUCAGUGAUGAGAACUUUCCACACUCGUAUUGGCCCGUGGCAUCAUGGGGCCUCGGUGGCGCGCUCUUCUCACUGGUUUUGCUUCCGAUCAUGGAAGACUUCGGGAUGAGACUUGUAUUUCUCCUGGUAUACACCGUCUUCCUCUGCUUUCUCAUUCCCGUUGGAGUGGCGCCUAACUACGCGACUUUGAUCAUCACUCGCUUCUUCAGCGGUGGAUGCUGCACUAUUCUUGCGAAUGCAGUAGCCGGCAUCAUUGGCAACGUCUUCGCCACCGAUCGAGCUCGAACAAUCCCCACUGGGUUGUAUAUCAUGAUCUACCUAAACGCCAGCAGUCUCGGGCCCGUCAUUGGUGCCGCUAUCUUUCAGUUUCUGCCAUGGCGAUGGAUUGGCUACAUCGAACUCAUCUGGACGGGCGUUUUCUUCCCAAUAUUCAUACUGGCUAUGCCUGAGACACGAGGCUCAGCGAUCUUGACCGCAAGGGCGAAGAAGUUGAGAAAGCAGGGGAAGAAUGCGUACAGUCAAAAGGAACUUGAGUCAAAGUCGAUUCUUCACGAUAUCUGGACGAGCAUUCAGCGGCCACUUUACAUGCUCUGCACCGAGUCUGUGGUUUUCAUCUCAACCAUAUGGACUGCCUUCAGUUUAGGAGUCAUCUACGUUUUCACGCAAUCUGUUGAACAGGUCUUUACUGCACUGUACGGAUGGAACGCCAUUGAAGCGGGCUACGUUCAAGCCGCCAUCGUCAUCGGAGAGAUUCUCGGCUUUGGUCUCUGUGUCCUGACGAACAACUGGUAUUACGCCUCUGCCUCACGCAACAAAGAAGCCCCCGGUACACCCAUCCCCGAAGCUCGACUCUACGCCGCCGUAAUCGGAGGUUUCAUCGGCGUCACAGGUGGAAUGUUCGUCUACGCCUGGACAAGCUACUCCUCAGUGCAUUGGAUCGGACCUGCGAUGGGACUGAUGCUCGUUGGACUUGGCACCGAGGCUGUUGUCGUUAGUAUCGCGAACUAUCUGAUCGAUGCUUAUAGCAACUAUGCCGGAAGUGCUAUCGGAGCUACUGUGUUGGGCGAGAACUUGGGCGUCGCGUUUUUGCCGCUUGCUUCGAGCAGUAUGUAUACGAAUUUGGGCUUCCACUGGGCUAGUUCGCUGUUGGGCUUCAUCUCGUUGGUGCUGGCGGCGGCGCCUAUUGGGGUGUUCAUCUGGGGGAAGGAGAUUAGGGCGAGGAGUCCGUUUAUGAAGUCUGCGAUGUCGAAGCCUAUGGAGUUUGCGAUCUCGCCCUCGGAGUGA